UAGAAUCAAUUCAUGUAAGGAAUUUGACAGCAAAAGAAGGCUUACAAAAUGAGGUGCGACAAUGCGAUGCUUAUUGUAUAAUUAAGUACACCACAGCUAAGUAAAGCUUCCUUUUCAUGUUUUAAUAGAAGGAGGCUUCAGCUGUCAUGAACCUUAAUACGUCUCUCACAUGGUUGAAGCUGGGGAAAGUUCAGUUAGAUUUACUCUCCACCACAUCUCUGGCACUCACUGAGCAUAGGAAAUGUGCAAUUCUAUAGCUCCCUGAGGGAAAAAUUACCCCACUGAGGUACAAUGGUGUCCUGUUGAGGACACAGUCCACAUUGUUGAGUGGACUUACAAUGCUGUGGACGGGAAGUCCAGGAAGAAGUGUGUGAUGUAAAACUCACACCAAAAUAAACUUCACUUACUCGUCGGGUGCGACAACCCCAUCAAUAUUUCAUAGUGUUUACCUUCCCAUUCUCCUGCUGCUUGUUGUAUUUAUAUGUUGCCCUUGCAUUUUUUUAACUAGCUGACUAUUUCAGGAUAGUAUGAGUUAAUUAGCCAUGUGAUGGUUUGGGAGUUUUGAGGCAGGGCAUUUUAAUAGGGGAUAAAAAAGAAGUUUAGUAUCCCUACACGCCCUUAUCUUUAGGCUGUUUAAUGAGCCUUUCUUUUUCUGCGAACACGGCGAAUUCAUACCUCAUCGCUGAAUUCAUGGAAGAAAAAUUAUGCCUACGGUCCUUCAAAUGACCUUUGCCCUUGCAAAUUGUAGAUUAUUUUAACGUGGAAGAUAUUUGUGUGUAAUUUUAGGGUAACCAUUGUUGCUCUGUCAAGACAAAUAAAUUGCAUGCCAGAAUUCCUGGAAUACUAAAAAUGUAUUUAACUCGAGCUAUUUGGGAAUAUUGUGUCUCUUUCUAGAACUAUCUAAACUUUGACACCGGACACGACUUUUUAAACUUUUAAAGUGAGGUAAAACUUCUGAUGUGUUUCUUUGUGCAGGGUGAGACAACAGACCACAGUGGAUUUAGGAUAUGAGCUUUAAAGUGUUUUCCCAACUGGUCCUCCUUUGAGCUCAGACAGGAAGCAAAUCCAGUUCGUCUUUUAGAAAUGGUCAAUUCUCAGAUAAACACUCUUCAAACUUCAUCUUUCAUCACUGACAUUAGCCAGACUUCCAUUGGUUGUUGUAGAUGAGACCGAUUUGCUAAGUAACCUCAUGUUUGCACAAACGACCGUGCAUGUAAAAGGACAUUGUUUUGAAAUCUUUGUCGGGCACCAUGGGAAGUAUUGAAAGAUUAAAAAACACAUCACAGAAUACCAAUCAGACAGAGCUAGAGGGAUGAGUGCAGAUGCUUUUGUUUCAGCAGGGCUGAGGUGAGGGUGACAGGAACAAUGAGGCAGCUGUUCAUCUUCACUGAUAGCUUGCUCAGGAAGAACAGAGAAAUUGGUAUCGAUAAAUCUAUUGUGCUAUCUGAGUGUGCCCAUGUACGUAUGUUACAGACAAGAAGGUGUGGAUGAAACUGGGGAUGUCUUUUUCUCACAGAUGUUUCAGGUAAUAAGAUCACAUAACGCCAACAGCUUUCCUACUGUAUGUGUGCUCCAGUGAGCAAAUAUAAACUGCAUAUUUAUUCAGUGCAGGUGUGCAGGUCUGCCCUCAUACUUGCUCAUGCGUUGGCCCUCCUUGAAGACUGUGUUGCAUUUGCCCUACAACUCCAAGUCCAAAGCUGUGCCAGCUGUGCUUUUUGAACUGACUACUACAGCGAUCCUGACUGCUGUAGGAACCACAUUUCUUGAAGCGGUGUCUUCAGACUCUUUCAGUGUAGUUUAUGCACCGUUUCCAGGGUAGCUUAGCAAGGAAAGAUGUUGACACCAAGUCGUCAAAGGAGCUACAGCUGUGUAUUUUUCUUUCUGGGCACAUCCUGGCUUUACCGAAUCUGCUCUUUGGCUGUCAAAUAUGCAUUAUACUGCUUUGUAUUCUCCGAAGAGCUUUUUUUCGUCUGACAGGUUUUCACAGGAUCAGCACACGCAUGUUAACAUUCAAGUUAACAACCAAGCUAUAUUAUGAUUUUAUUCUUUGUGUAUUUACUUAAACAACUUAUGCACUUCAGCCCAAUAAACUAAGACGUAUAUCAUUUUGCCCUCAAGUAAGUCAUGAUAUAUACAUUAUAGACUAACACUGUCUUAGAUAUGAAUCACUUCUGCAGACUCUUGAGUGUGAGCUUGCAUGUGAACUCAGUUCAGUCUCUCCCUUUCUCUUGCUUCCCUCAAGCUGUUUGUUGAGACAGUGACCUUCAGCUGGAAAUAGAUACUCUGAAAUGUUGGUGUUAUUCUUGACAGGCAAAAUCCUGAUAGAUCAUAUGAGCCGUAUCUUUGAAAAGAGCACUGAAAAGCACUCCAAUCGCACCAUGAUGCAGGAAAUGCUUUGUCAAGUUUGACUUCCUCCCUUUAUGCUUUCAAGUGACUGCUGGUUGGAGAGUGUAGUCAAAGGGGUUCAUUCUCAUUUGCAUUAUUCAAUGAAUGAACAAUCAUCAUCAUCAUGCAUUUAACUGUACUUGCUGAUAAAAUUAGAAAAUUAUCAAAUGACUGAUCAGCUGAAAACAUAUAUGGCCCGCGGUUGUUCUUAUUGCAGCAUCAAAGUUCUAGUUUUUGAUGAAGUAGCAGUUUCUUAGGUCACGCUGUCUCAUUUUGAUUUAACUCCCAGUUUGUUCCCACCAUUGCACCACGUGUGCCUUGCAAGGAAUGUAAUGCUGAAUGAACAGGCUAAAUGUAUUUCAAGGUCAAUAGAAUAGCAACCUGAUGUACUUCUCUUUUUUCCAAUUUUUGUACCAGUAAAAAAAAAAAUUGUUCCCAAAAUAUUGUCAUUAUUAUUAUUAUUUUUUUUACAGAAGAAAGUGAUUGUUCGAGUGAGUAGAGAAUGAUAUUUGUCUCUCUCUCUUUCACACACCCUACAGACUACGUGGAACAUAAACAGCUCAUUUUCAGAUAACAAACGCGCAUAGACACACAACCUCGCAAUGAAGCACGAAGCAUUUAUCCUGUGAAGAUGACAACAGCGCAGAUGCAGGGAUGCUGAAAGGAAAAGAUUUGCAUUCACGGCCAAGGAAUUGCAAAUGGGAUGUUGGUGAGGUAGCGAGUCCUCUCACUCUUGUAUGGUGAUUUAUGUUGACCAUUCGUCAUUAUCAGUAGAUCCUGGUAUCCUGUUUAAAUCGUGUCCAGCUAUUAUGCUUGCGCAUCUAUCUUCUCUCCGUGCUUGGGAGGCAACCUGAGCAGCGAGGCCCCAUCGUUUUAUAAACAGAGCAGUGUUGUCAAAAUCCUGCCAUUUGGUGACUUAUUACGAGACUUGUGACCGCUAAACAAUACAUACUAUAUAGAUCUGUCGGUGCAUACAAAUAGAGUCAGGGGAUGAAGCAGCGGACUGAAUAAUGACGAUGAAAACAAAGGUUAGAUUGAGAGUCUGGUACAGUGGCCGUUUAUGCUGUGGAACACAAAGAAACCUUUCCAUCGGGCCUUGUUUGCACUUGCAAUAUUUAACCGACGAACCUGCAAUGAAUGAAUACAUUAAGAGCUGCGGGCCUGAGGUGUCCUCUGUGGGAUGAUACGUUAUCUAGAAUGAGACAUUUACUGUCCAGACGGCUUGGGCUGGUUGACCAGUCAGAGCUGGAGCAGGAGUCGGAGCAGAAACAGGGCAGGGGAGAUGCCCGAGUCGGGAUGGGGACCUGCUGCUGCAGCUGCCUGCCCCUUGGCCGGGGGACUGACUUGGCUGAUCAGGAAACAGAGGUGGUUGCUGAUCUGCAGCCCUCCAGUUUGGAGGAGGACAGGGAGAUUGAGACAAGGUAAUGCAGGUUUAACUUUUGUCUUUUGCUUUGUGUAAAAUAAAUGUUUUUUUCACACACAAAUGCUGCUACAAUCUAUCUGUAACAUGCUGUGAUAAUGUGCAGCAGAGGUAAAUGGAAACUUAUAUUGGAAAAACUCAACUUUCUUCCUCUUUUUUUUUUGUAUCACCCUUUUCAUAUUGUUAAAGAAGGAAGCUCUGCACCUGAGUGAAUUCAGCUGCCCGUCUGGAGUAAAGAAAGAGUUUGUAUCCCCUCCCUGUGAUUGAAUUCAGAUGACGGAUCAUUCUGCCGCAUUCUGUCAGAGCCUGAGUGUGACUUGAGCCACUGCAGAGAGAAGCAGGUCCCACGCUGUUCUCACCUCGCCAGAUGUGUGUGAAGAGAAGUGAUUAGUGAGCAGCCACAAAGGUGGAAGAUGAAUGUCGUGCAAAAAGAGAAAGCCUUUCUCAGACCGCACAAUUUUCAUGAAUUACUGAUUUUUAUUUUGUAAAAAGGAUUCUUUGAUGUAAACAUGAUGUCCAAUAAAAUAUAUAAUGUAAAUGUGAGAAGCUCACACCACCCGUAGGACAUCUUUUACAAAAUAGUGUAAUGCCAUUGAUUUUCAGCAAGCACAGAACAUUUGCAUUUAGAUAGAAACAGCUAAGAUUCAGUGAACAUAUCCAUUCGUAUCCAGUUACACCAAUCAAGUUAAGAUACUGCAUGCAAAGUGUUUCACUUAGUUCUACAAUCAAAACUGUCACAUACAUGCUAUACAUAGAACUGAAUCUGUGAAACUUCUUAUAUCUGAAUUAUUGUUUUAUAGUAUAACGGCAGUUGUCAAUGUUUUUUUUAAUAUUUGCAAUGAAUCAAAUGAAUCAUUUUUUGUUGAGAAAGGUGUCACUCGUAGUAACAAACCAACACAGAAUAUCAUAUCAACUCUGCAAUCUCCUCAGCUCUAAAGGCAGAGAGACAAAAUGAGCGAUUAGUUGGUGAACAUAGUGGGACACUGAGCCGUCAAAGAGAAGAGUAUUUCUCUCAGGAGAGCUAUGAAUAGAGUGGAUAUUGGAGUUAAAUUCACCGGAUGGCCAGAAACACGUCUCUAAACGACUGCUAAUGUUUUUCCACAUCUGCUGGAAUUUCUAGAUAGGCAACUGUUUGCUAACAAGGUCAGUACAACAACUUUAUACGGUGAUAAUAAUGUCAAUAAUGUCAAUUUUUCCAGCUUAUUAUUGUCUAAAUAAUUACCAGACGCGACAGUAUUGUCUUCACCUUGUGAGUCUGUGUGUGUGUGUGUGUGUCCUGGAGAGAAACACCUGCUGUAGAAGGAACUACCACAGAAGCGUUUUUGAGUGGCUGGCCAGGUGUUUAUUUCUAUCUGUCUGUGGACAGAUUUUGUCACUGUGGUGGCAUCGCAGCUGUGCAAGAUGCAGUCAUGAAACUUGGCAGAUGUGUAGUGGCGAUCAUAAGGAAGGCUGAUUUCCAAGAUGGGUGGGGUCCGAGCAAAGGCGUCGGAAGUAUGGGGGUAGGAAGCAAGGAAGGGGCCAUUGGCACUGAACCGAUUUUGUGUCGUGGCUGGUGUAAAGAUGGUCUUUAAGCUGUUCAAUUAGGAUAUGACAUAUUGGCAUCAACACUGCAUUUUAACAGUGUUUACAUGCACACAAAAAACUAGAUUAUUAACUCACAGUAAAUUGGAGAACAAUUAUACUUGUCAAAUACAAGAUGACCUUGAACCUAACUGAAUCUUCUGAGUGCCUAACGGUCUUGCUUGAAGAGGAAUUGGUUCCAUGUCUUGAUUGAAAGUUCAUUAUAUUUCUUGGGAGCACUCUCCUAUGUACCCACAACAAUGUUUCACCUUGAAGAUCUGUACAGAUUUGUCUGCUUAAUCUGACAUUCAUUUACUGAUCAUAGGAUUUGUAGCGAUAAAGGUGCUCUGCAGUGUUUUACUCCAUACAUAUUGCUUCAGUUAUAUUAUCUGAAGUCUGAAUAACCUAACACUUCAAUAAGCUUAUGUUCAGCAGUAGAUUGAGUGCAUGCGCUCUGAAAAAUGUUUCUCAUUGUGGAUUACUUGAUUGAAAAAUUGCUGUUUCCAUUACUGGAAUAUUGAGUGCGGAAAAAGAUAGAUGAAAAGGCCCGUCUGGCUAUUGCUACAGAAAGCAGAUCUGGUGGUUCGGGCAAUUUCACUCACUGCAGCAUUUAUUGAACACAUUGACCACACAGCUGUGUGAGUCCUCACAAAGCUGUCCAAUUUAAUUUGCUGUAGUGCAGAGAUGCAAGACUAAUUCUUUAUUCGUGAUCCGAUUGAUUCUCCUUCUUACUUUUCUAAAUCUUCUUUGGAAUUUUGAUGAUUUAAGAUAACUUUGAUUAGUAUUCCUCUCCAACCAGCCACUGUCUGUUAUUUGUUGAGUGAGGUGAGGCUUGGAUGAACAGCAAAGAUAGAGCUGAUUUUGAUAGAUUUUUUAUAUUAAUUAAGAAGUUUUCAAAUCACUGUGAGUCCUGUUUGACUCAGUGAUGAUGCCUGCCCUUAUCUGUCAGUGAAGCGUCGACACCGGGUGGAGCAUGUGCAUGUGUUUCUGUAGGGAGCCACUAGAUAUUGCUAUUGAGUCUUUGUCUGUUUGACAGUUUGAUGCAGUUUGAUGCAUUUUACAUUUGUCUCUGUUUUAUUUCAUCUACUGUUAAAACAGGCCUUUCUUACUGUGCUAGCUUGUGUCUGCUUAAUGUAAUGUAAUACUUACUUGACAAUAUUUCCUGCAUUUCUGAGUGAUUUUGGAUGUCACUACAUGUGAUUUACACAAAUUGCUGGAUUGAUGGCUUUCUGAUUUGCUAACACAACAGACUGCAGGGUUAUUAUCAUAGCUUCAUUUCGUUAUACAACAGCCAGGAAACCGUGGAAGCAGGUGAUUGUGAGGUAUGAAUGCUGACCUGUCUGUCCAUCAUACACACAUUGACUCAAACCACCCUUGUCUGGCCCUCUGCUCUUAUCUAUAUGUCUGUCUGUGGAUUAUUGAGCCGGCCACUCAGCUAUAGUCUGCCCUCCGUCCUCUCUCCCGGACUGAUGGGGAUGUGAUCUGAUAAAGAGGACUCGGGGUGAGACUGAAGGCUCUGGUUGCAGUCAGAGAUCAAGCCACAACUUGAGGGCUACAUCAUUUCGACACCCGGUAACCAGACAGAUAUCCCCUGAAAACACAGAGUACACACUACAGGACAGGAUAGAAGCCCGUAUGUCCAAGUCAGCAGCCAAUCAGAGAUCCCCGAGCAUGGUCACAGAGUCCUCUAAGGCUGUGACUUCAGCAGCAGUGGAUGCUAACUCAGGGACAAAGGGCUGCAGAGGUACAGGGAAAGUGCACAGUUUUGGCAAGAGGGAUCAUGCUAUUAAAAGGAACCUGAAUAUCCCAGUGGUGGUAAGAGGCUGGCUCUAUAAACAGGACAGCUCCGGAAUGCGACUGUGGAAAAGGAAGUGGUUUGUUUUGUCAGACUACUGCUUGUUUUACUACAAAGACAGCAGAGAGGAGGCAGUGCUCGGUAGCAUCCCUCUGCCCAGUUAUGUCAUUGCACCAGUUGAGCCCGAUGACCACAUAAACCGCAAAUACGCUUUCAAGGCGAGCCAUACAGGAAUGCGCUCCUACAUUUACAAUAAGAACUCUGUGAUUGGCUCACAGGCAGAACACUGCGGGAUGCGGACAUAUUUCUUCAGUGCGGACACACAGGAGGACAUGAAUGGCUGGAUCCGGGCCAUGAACCAGGCUGCGCUGAUGCAGCAGAGUCACACUAUAAAGAGAGAGGUGGAGAAUCCAAAGAAGGCUGUGCAGCAGGCUGUCCCACAGACCAACCAUGUCCACAUCAACCAGAGCUCAUCUCAAUCAGAAAGCCUUCGCAGGACAGACAUAGAGGAACCUCCGGAUAAUGGUAUCCAACUGGCUCAUAGAGACGAGGUGAGGUAUGGAUUAGAGAUCCAAGGGAAACCCAGCCAGUCAGCAGCAGAGGAAAGAGGAGAGAGCCUCUCUCCAGACUCUGUUGAUGUUGCCACCCACAAGAACGGACAGCAAACUGUAAUCCAAGUGGCUCUGCCACCAGAACAAAAUGGAAAUCUCGUCUAUCAGAGGGGCUUUGUUUCUCGCGUAGACACUGAGAAACAUGUGCAUGUGCAGAGGAAGAAUACACUGGCACAGGUGGAGCACUGGGUCAAGGUUCAGAAAGGGGACCCACCAAAGAGUGCUCCCUCUGCUGAGUACAACAUCCCUCGGCAGACUCCUCCAUUAAAGCCCAAAGCCAGCUCAGCGGAUGCCAGCUAUCAGUCGUUGCCAAAGUCUCCCCAUCUCCCGUCUGGCAGCGCAUCUCCUCCAGCAACAUGCAAGUUGCCUAGUGACUACAAGUAUGCCCAUGACCGGCUCAGCCACUUCCGCAUGUCCACCGACGAGCGCAUGGCCACCAAGGAGGGAAUGGUGUGGCAGCUGUACGAGUGGCAGCAGCGGCAGCAGUUCCGUCAUGGCAGCCCCACCGCUCCUAUCUACACUGGCCCCAACUUCACAGACUCCUCAUCUUUUAGAGUUACUGUGGAGAUGCCACGAUCCAUGUCUGUCCCCCCGUCCCCAUGUGAAGUCCCACCGUCAGUCCCCUCCUCCUUCAAACCCUUGUCCCCUCGCCGGCCACACACUCCUUCAGACAGACGCACAGUCAGGCCCCUGGAUGAAGUGGCACCUGGAGACAGCACAAGAUCCAGCUCCCCCGGCCAUGUUUGUGCCCAUCUUUCUCAGGCUUCCCAAAUAGAGAGAAGGUCCAUGCCAGCCAUGGGCUACAUCACACACACUGUCAGUGCACCCAGCUUACAUGGCAAAACGCCAGAGGAGUUGACUCUGCUCCUCAUUCAGCUUCGAAGGCACCAGGCUAAGAUGGCUGGUGUGCAUAGCCCUAGCGAUGCGUUCGCUCACCUGCAGCACCACCAGCACAACGGCCUUCUAGGCCCCAGCAUGCAGGCUGAUGAUACUUACAUACAACUGAAGAAGGACCUGGAGUAUCUAGAUCUGAAGGUGGGCCCCAACAAAAUCCAAAGUAUUGACCCGAUGAUCGUAUCAGUACACAAUGUGUUUGAAAACUCCACUCCACAGAGUUUUGGGUACUGUUGGAAUGUUACUGGACGCGAGAGCUUGAAAACAGAAAGACCAUCAAGGCCUGUGAAAAUAGCAGAAAGUGAUGCUGAUGUGAAAUUAAGUCGAUUGUGUGAACAAGACAAGAUUCUACAGGAGCUAGAGGCCGGGAUACGCUCUUUGAAGGAGGACAAGGACAAGCUGGAGUCGGUGCUGGAUUUUUCCCACCAGCAGAUGGAGCAGUACAGAGAUCAGCCGGCCCAUGCUGAGAAGAUUGCCUAUCAGCAGAAAUUACUACAAGAGGAUGUGGUGUACAUCAGGGCUGAGAUAUCUCAAGUCUCCACAGAGAUGGAGAACGCGUGGAAUGAGUACAGCCGACUGGAGAGAGAUGUGGACUGGCUGAAGUCGGCCCUGCAGGGACAGAUGAACCGCAGCGAUCUCUCUCAGAAAGAUAAAGUCCAGAUCAGAAAAGAGUUGUGGAGGAUUGAGGAUGUUAUUGCAGGCCUCAGCACCAGUAAAGCCAACUACAAAGUCACUAUCUCCUCUGUUACCAACCCAGAGAGGAAAUUUGUGCCUUCAGUGUCGGCGUCAUCAGUGCCUUCUGUGUCUGGGAGCCCGUCUGCUAUGGAGAUGAGAUUGUCCCAGCAGCAGCAGCAGCAGCACAGCCCCCACCUCAGCCCCAGUAGCCACACCCCCACCCUUUCCUCCAGCCCCAGCCAACAGCCCCUACAUCACUGGGUGGAUACAACCAUCACCAGUGGGCUUAAAUGGGGUGAGGAGGAUGUGCCUCCCAGACCUCCUCUACCUCAGCUCUACAGUCCUGAUGAGGAUCCCCCAGAUGUGCCCCCGCUGCCCCGGGAGACAACGGUCAUCAGACACACUUCUGUACGUGGCCUCAAACGACAGUCAGAUGAACGCAAAAGGGACAGAGAGAUUGGCCAGUACACCAAUGGAGAUAGUAAGGUGGAGCUUAGGCCUUUCCUGAGUGACCCAGAGCUUAUGGGAGCUGGGGAUGGCUCCAGCCACAUCAGUGUAGUAGCAUCUGGACAUGAGGGUUACCAGACAUUACCUAGCAGAGGAGUGGCUGGCUCCUCGCUUAGGCUGAAUCAGUCCUCGAGCAUCUCCUCGUAUGUGACCCUCCGAAGAGCAGCCUCAGCUGUCGGCAUGAAGGAGAGACCAAAAAGUGCCUUGGAGCGUCUGUACUCUGGGGACCCGGUGCAGCAGCAGAGGGGGAAGAUGAGUGCUGAUGAGCAGCUGGAGAGGAUGAAGAGGCACCAGAAGGCCCUCGUCCGCCAGCGCAAACGCACACUGAGCCAUGGAGACCGCCACGCCUCUUCAUCGCCGCGCACCUCUUCCUCGCGCCCACUUUCAGCAGACUUGGGAUCAUGGAAGAGAGAGCAGGAGUUUGACCUACAGUUGCUGGAGAGGGCGGUUCAAGGGGAGGAGGCACAGGGAGUUAGGAGCGUUCAGGGGGAGGAAACACCUCCCGAGCACAAAGAGAGGCCGCGCUCCCGCUCUGACGAAUGGCUGACCCUGCGCUCCACGGCCACAACACCUCCUGCCCAUGAGGUCGACCUGGAGCCACUAGACUAUGACCUGGACCUUAACAAAGAGCUUUCCAAGCCUCAGAAAGUAUUGAUCCCGGAGCGCUAUGUGGAUUCAGAGCCCGAGGAGCCUCUCAGUCCGCAGGAGGCGGAGGAUCGGCAUCGUAAGGUGGAGCGCAUCAAGAGCAUCUUGGCCAAGUCCAGUGUGCAAAACCUAGCACCCACAGUGACUGUGGACAAGCCAGAUGUUGGGCUUGUGGCACUCGACUCAGCUCUGCAGGAGCAGGAGAGGAUCAUCACCAUGUCCUAUGCUCUCGCCUCGGAAGCUUCGCUCAAGAGCAAACUAGUCACAGUUCCACCACAGGCUAACAUCCCUCCACCUCCUCCCCCACCCCCUCCUCCACCUCCUCCUCUUCCUCCCGUUUCUCCUCUUCCUCCCGCUUCUCCUCUUCCUACCGCUUCUCCUCUUCCUCCCGCUUCUCCUCUUCCUCCCGUUUCUCUGGCACCUCCCUCUCCUCUAAGCAAUGGAAUUCACUACACGUUUGUCUAAUCCGAGAAAUAAACUCAAGCAAUUUUUGGACACUGAGGUGCUAUUCCACAAUGACAACAAGCAUUUUGGGAGAAAAGAGGAUUUUUGGACAUUUACGUCUUUCUAUACAACAGUACAAGAACUGUACUAAACAUUUGACAUACCUGCUGAGGCUCACGCACCGUUGACUCCUUCAAGUGUUUCCAGUUGCUGAAAGCAACAAGAAAAUGCAAGACUUUGCAACGGGACCUGCUGUCCUAACUAACCAUGGAAGCGCCUAACAAAUGUUAAUCUCAUAAUAAUAUUUUCUACAUGUUAUUGCACUUUGAAUUGUACACUGUAUCACGUUUUCAAGGUAUCACUGAAUGGCUAUUACUCGCAGUGUGAUUGCAACUGGGAACUUGUUUUUGUUUUUGUCAGGUACAGAAUGUUAAGAACCAGAGGUAAUAAAUGUGUCAUGAUGGUAGUAUUUUUAUCAAAACUCAAGAUAAUAUUCUUACACCAAACCACUUGAAAUAUCAUAUGUAUGUACCUGUAGCACUGCCAGUCUCCUUUUAGCUUGCCAAAAUGAAUUUUAUUUUUGCUUACAUCAGGAUGGAAAUAACCUUUAACAUAUUUUCUGUGUGACUGGGGAAGGUUGCACAAUGGAAAUUUAUUUUAAAAAAGUGAAUAUUAAAGAUAUUAACACAAUACAA